AUGAUCGAUGUCUCCUGCCCUUGGACGCCAGAUUACAUAAACCGCGACGACGAGAUAGAUUCACCGCAUCGAAGCGCCGCACGCGUACGGUUCAAGAGCGCGAGCCUGAAUUGCGUCGACUCGCCCAAAAAGCAGAACGACGAUACCUGCAAAUACAGGGUGUUCGUUGCUACGUGGAACGUGGGCGGGAAGACUCCGAACGAUGGCCUUAACCUGCAGGACUUUCUGCAGGUGGACGAGUCCUCCGACAUAUAUGUCUUGGGGUUCCAGGAGAUCGUUCCCCUGACAGCCGGUAAUGUGCUUGUCCUGGAGGACAACGAGCCGGCGGCGAGGUGGCUGGCCCUCAUCCACCAGGCGCUGAACAAUCCGCAAGAGCAGUUGGACAGCGACGAGCCGCCGCUCGCCGCGUCAUCGGACCCUAGCACGGCCGACGCGGGCCGGCAGAACCGUCGGCGCGACUCCAUGGCCACCAGGUCCUCGAGCGGCAACCUCUUCUUUCAGACGCCGUCGCUCAAGCUCCUCAGCAACAGCUACCGCGUCGACAGCGCGCUCGUCAAGACCUGCAACUGUUCCGCCGAGACCUCUACCCAACGCCGCCGCGCCGCCGAGGCGCGCGACUCCGUCUACCGUGCCGAGACGCCCUCUACCAGCACUCCCACCGGCGAGGCCUCUUCGUCGACAGCCGCCAGCGCCUGGGACGAAGACUCCGCCGGCACCGCCGCUGCCACGCCGGCCCAGGGCGAGCUGACGGACGACGGCGGCGGGAUGAGCUACUGCCUGAUCGCGAGCAAGCAGAUGGUGGGGCUAUUCCUGUCGGUGUGGGUUAAGAGGGAGCUGGUGGAGCACGUCGGCCACCUCCGGGUGGACUGCGUCGGCAGGGGCAUCAUGCGGUGGCUGGGCAACAAGGGGUGCAUCGCGAUGAGCAUGACGCUGCACCACACCAGCCUCUGCUUCGUGUGCAGCCACCUGGCCUCCGGCGAGAAGGAGGGUGACGAGGUCAGGCGGAACGCCGACGUCGCCGAGAUCCUCAAGAGUGCGCACUUUCCCCGUGCCUGCAAGCCCCCGUCCGCCGCGCACCGCGGCCUCCCCGAGCGAAUAAUCGACCACGACAAGAUGAUAUGGCUCGGCGACCUGAACUACCGAGUCUCACUCAGCUACGACGAGACGAGAACGUUGCUGGAGGACAACGACUGGGACGCUCUCCUGUUGAAAGAUCAGCUGAUGAUCGAGCGGGAGGCAGGAAGGGUGUUCGUGGGCUGGAAGGAGGGCAAGAUCUGCUUCGCGCCGACGUACAAGUACACGCACAACUCCGACGCGUACGCCGGCGAGACGGUCAAGUCCAAGAAGAAGCGGCGAACACCUGCAUGGUGCGACCGGAUACUGUGGCACGGCGACGGCGUCGAGCAGCUGCAGUACCUGCGGGGCGAGUCGAGGUUCUCCGACCACCGGCCGGUCUGCGGCGUGUUCGCCGUCGAGGUGGAUGCGGGCGUCGAGGGCGGCGGCAAGAUGAGGACCUGCCACUCGCUCGCCGCGCGGAUCGGCUGUGACAAGACGGCGUCCCCGCAGACGCACGGCAGCUCCGUUGAGCCAUCGUCGUAG